CCCCCUCGCUCCCAAAAAGAGGCAGAGACGCUCCAACACUCCGGUCCGAACUCCCCUCACAAAGCCCGACAUUAUAUGUGUCAGAGAGGAGGGCUGCAUGGACGAACCCGGCGAUAAUAGCCGUGUUUCACCGCGAUUUAUGGCCAUGAAGGAUUCCAGAAGCUUAGCGGCCCUCCAAUUAGCCAAGCUUCUGAGCUGGAUUGUUUGUUAGAGAAUCAUCGGGGACAGGAGAAGGGGAGUGCAUGUUACUCGGCGGGCUUCAUUUCGUCGAUGUCGGAGAGCUGGAGCUGGAUGACAUGAUGCUGCAGAGCCCGCUCACCUCCACGCCGUUUUCCGUCAAGGAUAUCCUCAAGCUGGAGCAGCAGCAGCAUCAGCAGCAGUCCGGCUCCCUGGAGCUCCCGCACCGCGUCCACAGCCAGCAGCACAUGACUCGCUCUCCUCCCCAGCAGGAGCAGCUGCAGCAGCAGCAGCAGCAUUUCCAAAGCCCGCCGUCCUGCAUGCUGGCCGGGCCCCGGGACAGCCCGCCCUUCUCGGACGGUGAGGACAACCUGGCUUACCUCAGUGCGCUGGCAGUGCGCGACGAGGAGCGCGGGGAGCCGAGCCUCUCUCCGAGCAUGUACGUCCACCCCGGGCUGCAGGGAGCCAAGCUGGAGGCCGCAGAGCUGGAGGCGCAGGACAGCAAGAACUGCGGCUUGGUGUCCCGGGAGGAGGCGGCGGAGGGCGGGCUGGGUGAGUCGGAGAGGCCGGCGCAGAAGCAGAGGAGCCGGCGGAGACCGCGGGUGCUCUUCUCCCAGGCGCAGGUCUUCGAGUUGGAGCGACGCUUCAAGCAGCAGCGCUACCUGUCCGCCCCUGAACGGGAGCACCUGGCGACCACUCUGAAGCUCACCUCCAACCAGGUCAAGAUCUGGUUCCAGAACCGCCGCUACAAAUGCAAGCGCCAGCGGCAGGACAAGUCUCUGGAAGCGGCCGGGCAGCAGCACCACCCGCCGCCCCCGCGGCGCGUCGCCGUGCCGGUUCUGGUUAGAGACGGGAAGCCGUGUCUGGGCGGAGCGCAGAGCUACGCGGCCGCCGCUGCGCCGUAUGGUGCCAACCCGUACAGCUAUAACGGAUACCCGGCGUACACGUACAGCAGCCCGGCGUACAACAGCAACUACAGCUGCUCAUACACCAGCAUCCCCGCCCUGCCGCCGUCCACCACCCCAAACGCCUUCAUGAACAUGAACUUGGGAAACGUGAGCGGCCUCAGCGGUUCCCCGCAGGCCCAAACACAUCAAGGGACAGCGGUCACAUCCUGUCAGGGCUCCCUGCAGGGGAUCCGUGCCUGGUAGCCUCCCUUGAACAAAUCAAGUGUCCUUUUUUUUUAUCAAACUUUUUCUUUUCUUCUUUCUUUCCAUUUUUGAUCAAUUCAUUUGGUGCAAAAUGUCUGAACGGCAGUAUUCCCUACAGAUGGUGCGUAUCGACUCACCUGUACGGCUAAAAUAAAAACAGUUUGAGUGGAGGCUGAAUUUCACUCCAAGGUGGAAUUUAUUUUUUUAUUUUUGGUCCGAGAAUGUGAGGCCCUUUUUCAGGGCUGCAGGGGGAAAGGCGCAGAGGGGGAAAGGCGCACGCACCUUGCGCUUUUCUUAUCAGAACCCCGAACAGAUUUUUAAACACUUGGUAUUAAGGUGGAACUUUUUUUGUAGAGACAUAAAGCGUUUUGGUUCAACAGAGAGUUGUUAGUCUAUUCACAUUUAUUCAAAUAAAAUAUUAAAGAGCCAA